CAGUCUGGCAACUCUGCAUAUUUUCGAGACGCAGAACGCAAGAUAUUUCUUAUCUCUGUUAAAAAAAAUGGAUUAUUCCAUUCCGAUCGGUGCCUGUCUAAUUGGAAAAUCGCACACUAGUUGGCAGUAGAGCACGCCACGCACUUUCCACGCCCCAGGCCAGACCACCGCCUCCCGCCCGAGGGGAAAAUGGGAAAGCAACAUUAUCUGGCAUCCGUAUCUUCGUCAAAAUGUUAGUUAUCGACUCCGCAAUCUCCGUCUCCUAAAGCUCGCACGCACACAAACGUACCACACGCGCCAGCUGCGUAACCUUCCAGCGGGAAGUGGCUGUAAUCUCGGGCAGGAACCACAACAAAAGCGCAAGCAACAGGGGAGGAGCUGCAUCGAAGCAGGAGGGAAACGGAGGCGCCGCUAGCACUAGCACCUAACAUGUCCGAGAAGCACGGCCAGCUGGGUGCGCAGUGGACGAAAUCAGCGGCGCCAGCAGCACCAUCCUCCACCACCAUCCCCGUUCAAGUCCCUGUUCCUCUUCCGAUCCCAGUAGCAGUUCCCCUCCAAAAGGCCAACCCAAAUCCCUACGGCAACUGCAAUCUACAGCCAACGGAUAUCACCUACACCGCCGCCCGUUUCCAGGCGCCCGUCAUCCAUGCCAAGGCAUCCCCUCUGACGAUUACGGCCGUGGGCAGUGUGGGAGCAGUGCCUGCUGGCUCCCAGAUCUCACCCACGAGCCACACCCAUGUACCUGUACCUGUAGCCACGCCCAGCGGCUUUGUGCCGCCUCCGUUUCCCAAUGCCGUCACUGGAGCCACCUCCGUGCUCACGCCGAAUCCCUUUGUCGCGGCUGCCGGAAACGCUGCUGCCGGACUGGCCUUCGCCAAUGCCUUCUCCUUUAACACAGCCCAGCAACUGGGUCUGGGAAAGAUUAUGCACGUCAUGGGAGGAACGCCGCCAGCUGCAUCAGCACCAGCUACAACAGCGCCGGCAGUCGCUGCAGCACCGACCGCAGUUCCAGCAAUACCGGGUCAAAGGCAUCCCAACGAGGCUGGACCAGCGGCCAGUGGUGUAAUUAAUUCUACCAUUGCCGAGAACGUGAUGAAUGCCUUGACCAACUCGCAGUCGUCGGCGGCUGCAGGAGGAGCUCCGGUGCCCAGUGAGGAGAAAAUGCGACGGGUGCAGCAAGUCAUUGAGUCCAGUUUGGAUGACACUGCCAAGCUGCAGAUCUCGCAGAUUCUGGAGCGUGUCUCCGUAUUGAAGCCCAUCGAGAAGCUAUUCCUAUACCUUCGCCUGCCCGGCGAAUGUGCCGACACGGAUCCGCUAAGGCAGCCUCAGAAUCCGUUGGGAACGCGCUCUGAGAUUAAUCACACCAUCAAUUGGGUGCGUUCCCAUCUGGAGCACGAUGCACAGGUGUCUAUACCCAAGCAGGAUGUGUACAACGAUUACAUAGCUUAUUGCGAACGCCUGAGCAUCAAGCCCCUGUCGACAGCGGAUUUUGGCAAGGUAAUGAAGCAAGUCUUUCCUGGCGUGCGCCCUAGGAGAUUAGGAACGCGAGGUAACUCCCGCUACUGCUAUGCGGCAAUGCGAAAGACCACCAAGCUGACUCCGCCUCAGCUGCCGCAAUUGAAUAAGAUCGAAAAAGGUCUGAACGAUGAUCCCUUGACUGAUUCCAAGCAAUUGGCGGCUGGCCCCAAUAUGGUGGGACUACUGACUACUGCAGGAGCAGGGGACUCCGAAUGUUGGGAUGUGGUGCGAGGAUGGGCUGAGAAAUUGCUAAACACCAAGCUGGAGAGUGUGGCUGAUUUAAGUAACCGCAUUAGGAGCAACAAUGCCACAGUUUCGGCCAAGAAAUAUGCACCGCGAGAGCCCAAGGAUAAGAGAGUUCUAGCCGACAUUGGACCGCUGAAGAAAAGACGCAAAAAGAAACGCAAGGGCUCAACAUCCUCGGAAUCCAGUUGCAAUCAAUUGGCCACUGGUCAGGAUGCGGGCAGCAGCCAGGAAGCCAGCGACGAACAGUUACUCAAGAUCAAGCAGGAGAUCAUAGACUCACCCAUUCAUAACCAUCAGCAGCAAGCACCCCUGGCUUACCUGCAGCAGGUAACGCCCAUGAAUCUGGCUACAGACCAGCGAAGCAGCAGCGCUGUGCGCAACCUAACGCCCAAGAUCUUGGAAAUGGGCACGCCGUCCGUCGUGCUUACACAGCAAGAAGAACCCUCGCCCACGGGGUUAGUGAUCAAGGACGAGGUGGAGGACUACACUACAAACAUUUUCUGUAAGAAAGUUUUAAAGGCGCAGCAGACGAAAGGCUUCUGGGCCAAUUCACCAAGCAGCGGGACAACGGGAGGCGGUGGUGGUCUGCUGGUGCCGCCAACGAUCACCACUACCUCGGCCACGCCUCCGCCGCCAAACUCGGGUAAUUCUCCUGUUCCCGGCCCUGGCCCCGGACUCUCAAUGGGUCCGCCCUCGCAGAUGAUGAUUGUCAAUUCGGUGAGUCCAUCGAGCAGCAUGGACGCCACCCCAAAAGUGGCCUCCCGCAAUCAGAUGAUGAUCCUAAGAGCCAAACGCUUGAUGGCAGCGGAAAAUGCCGCACUGGCAGCGGCCGCCGAAGACUCUGGAUUGCCCGAGAACUUGGGUUUGCCCAGAGAGCGAGUGAUCAGCAUCUGUAACAUGGACAAGCAUGAGCUGGAUGACUAUUUCUUGCCCGGCGAGGAUGAGGAGAACUCCGAGGAGCCCGACAACGAGCUACUCCAAUAUUUUCAGAUGGGAGACGCUGAGGAAAAACAACUAAAUUCCUUGGAUGCUGUAGAACCAAACAGGAAUCCACAAGAGCCAACGUCGAUGGGCUCUGCACCGGAGGCGAUGCCCGCUCCCGGCCGCGGAGCUGCAGCCGUCGCAGCGAUGUUGGCGCCGGUCCCGGCGCCUUCGAUGCUGCCCGGUCAGGCGGGAGUGGGUUCUGCCUCAGCGUCUCUGGCCUUAAUGUCAAAAAAGCAUCAACAACAGCAGCAGGAGAAGCAGCAGCAUCAACAACUGCACCAGCAGCAGCAACUGCAGCGACCCAAGCAGCUGACCAGCAUCAUCAACAACAACAACAACAAGCGAAAGAUCAGUUUGAGCAAUGCGUCCAGCAAUGGUAGCAACAAGAACCAUUUCCUACCCAUUUCGCCGAAUAUCAAUGGAUCCAACGGAGCUGCAGCAAGUGCAUCCACCGCGGCAUCGGCACCGACUUUGGCGAAUUCCAGCCAGAACUGUUUUGCCAGUCCGGGCGUGACCCGGAUGAAGCAGCGAUCCAGUCUGCUUAGCAAGCAACAAUCCCUGGACUGUGACAAUCGAGAUCCCAUGAUUGGAGCCCAUCGCAAAGGACGUGGCUAUGUGUACAGCUAUCCCACAAGCACAUCGGCUUCCGCACCCCCGAGUCCUUCGCUUCUCCAGCAAUGGAUGGGUCCCAGUUGGUCGUUCAGUAGCGGCGGCAAUACCUGCAGUUUCACGGAGAGCAGUCAGAGUGCCGAUCCGCUGGUUAACCAGAACUCAAUGGAUCUGGAGACUAGUCUGGCCCUGACUGGCGCCAAUGAUCUCGAUUCAUCGGAGAUGCAGCGCUCGCAGUCGGUGCCCCUGUCACAGCUGCAGCGGAGGUGCAGCCAGCAGUCGCCCAGCCUGAACUUCUACUCGGAGAACAGCAACAGCCAGCAGUCGGCGCCACUGAAGGAUACAGGUUUGCUCUACGAAGAUGUGGAUGUGAGCUCGCUGAUCUCGCCCAGUUUCAAUCACAAGUUCAACAGCAUGGCACAGCAGACGGCUACGACAUGCAGCUCCUCGGCGGGCUCGUCAUCGGGCUACAGCAGCGGUGGCUCUGCGGGAAUAGUUUCGCGAUCGGUGCCCUCCACCCCGCUACCCCACCAACAGCAAAGCGGUCUGACAUCAAUGAAUGGAAAUGGGACGCCAGCCAACGGAGCAGGUGCAGGUGGAGCAGGAGCAGGAACUGGAAAUGGGUCAGGUUGUGGAGUAGAGAAUGGCUUCUUUAACAUCUCACCCUCGUUUAACUGGGGCAAAGCCUCGUCGGGAAAUGGAAACCAUUUGUCAUACGCAACGCACUCUUACGGCGCCCGGAAUCCGCUGGAUAUAUCCAAGUCUAUGCCCACAACGCCCAUUGCUAAUCAAUGCUUCCGUUAUAGUCCCGCCGAGAUGCCCCGCGAUUUUCUUAUCAACGGCAACACCAUUGACAGUUUACCCUCGUCGUCGGCCUAUGGAGCGGGCAUGGUGGCCACAGAUCCUGGUCUGGCCCUUAGCACGGAUACCCUAAUCGAUGAUAGUGCGCCCAGCAGCGCCGAUGUGGUGGAGGCGAUGAUUGGUGUCGAAGACAUACUCGAUGAUUUUUAGAAUUUGCAUGAAGAGAAGGCUCAGGAGAUCGUAUUGCCCCAGCGACAGGAGGUGGAUGCGGCGGAUAGUGAGGAGGUGGAGAAAGAGGAGGCUGCCGAGAAGGAUGCCAAUGUGGUGGCCUGUCUGUUGCAGCAUGUGGAUCAGCUGUAGAGCCACCCGAACUCUUAAGGGAGUUGACUCCAUGUUUUAAAAAAUCAAUAAAUUGCUUCCUUAACUUGUAACUAUAAGUGCUUAAAAGGAUUUUUUGCAUCUAAAAAACGGCAGCCACAUGAGUCAACCCCCUUAAGAUCCACCUCCAUCUCUUGUCGCUUUUAUAUAAUUAAUUUGUUGUUGUGUUCACUCCCCGUUUAGUUAGUUUUUAGUGUAAAGUUGAUCCUGUUUCGCUGAAAUCAGACAAAAAUAGCAGGAUCAUCAACCCCUAACCAACCUCCUCCUCCACAAAUGAGCUUUCUCUUCAUGUUACUCGCAAGCAUAAAAUCCCACAAAAUCCCAUCUUCCUUCUGUCUAAUCCUAACGUUAACUAAUCACCAGCUUAAUCGUAGCCUCUAAUUGGUUUCAUCAAGUGUCGCGACAGCAUUAGAGCUACAUAUCUGUGCUUAAGUCGACCCUUAUAACCUAAUCGUUACCCUCAGGCCCUCGUUGUAUAAACAUAUAUGCACUUGGCAUAUUGUUAUUAUCACUAAUACAUUUAACAUUAACACGAUGACGAUGAUGAUGGCAUCGGAAUGUAGUUGCAUAGUUUUACAAGUUGAACAACCUUACAAAUGAAACGAACUUAAAGUCUGAAUGAAGGAAACGUGUGCAGCGGUUUUAAAAACGAAAACAAAUUUACAAAAUUGUAACUGUAAAUGUAUGUAGUACUAUAGACCUGCCUCGAUUGUAAUGCAUAUACUAUAUAAUGUAUACCUCCGUUUCUAAGGAGCUUUUCCCCGUCGGAUUUACAAAAGGAGUUGCAGCCAAGUUGCAGUCUCUGUUCAAUAAUUGUCAAAUUGAAAAUUGUGUGUUUGUAUGGUGUUGUAAGAAAGGUAUUGAGUAGUAGCGAGCUUCGUCAAUUGUUCACUUCCUUUGCUUUUACUAACACAACCCCCCCACAUCUAAACCUUUUAUUUGUUACUCUCUUUCAACUUAUCAAUUGGCUUGGAUUCUUCUAAUUAGUUGUAAGUGUUUGAUUGUUAUAUCUGUUUAUUAUUUUUGUUUAAUUCGAGCUAUUACUUUAGUUAAGCUGUCAAUGGAUUUGUCUAUCGGUUGCCUGAAAUUCUAGUUGUAAUGUCGUUUCUUGUGCCCAGUUGUUCAGCAGACUCUUUCAGUUCUGUUUAAUUGCUUUGAACCGAGCUUAGCUUUAAUCACUUCGAUAUAAAACGAUUCACAUUGCAAAUGAAUGUUAGUUUGUUUGUAAAACAAAGUAAAACACAAGCCCCGAACCACUUUCCGUUCUAAUACACACACAAAAUUCAGCUGCAGUGUGAGCAAAAAGGCGUUUUUAAAAAAUGUUAAGAAAAUAAAUCAUAAAUGUGCCUCAGGCCUUAUUGUAAAACAAUUAAAUAUAUAUACCACAACAAGAAGAAGAAGAAAUAUUCAUACAAACAUACAAAACGCAUAAACGAAAAGCAAACAAAAGUAAAAGAGGAAACAGAGAAGUUAGCUACGUAUACACACGAAAAUAAAUAGAUUAAUAGAACGUUAUACGAGUAUAAUUAAAUAUACACUCAUUUACAAUACGCAAGGCUAGGAAAUUAAUGAAUUUGUUAGAGAACCUCAGAUUCAAUCUAUAAUUCAAACACAUAUAUAGUCAACAAAUAAUAAUACAAUAGUCGUCGCAGCAAAAAUACACCCAUAGCCUAUCGUAUAAACAUUGUCAUAUAAAUUCUAAACCGAUAUCCUGAAUUCAAACCGAGUAUUUAUUUUUAAGCAGUGAAUUAACCCGCGGUCCGCUUUGAACAACAAACACAAUAUAUAUACCUACGAUUUAAUAGCAAUAGCCCUAAGUAUGGUAAAUAAAUUAAACAUAUUAUCACCGGGAACACUUUAGAUGAGAUACAUGCAAUUAUACAGAAACAAUGCAUUAAAGUUAAACGAACCAAAACUGUACUUUUUAUAAGAUAUUUGAAUGACAUGCAAAUACAGAUAACAAAAACGAA